AUGCCCCCAUCCAAGCUUUUUGCCGAAGGUUUUCCGCCGAUCUCGUACGGCGAGUGGCGGCAGCGAGUCGAACAAGCCCUAGGUGACUUGCCGUUCGACAAGGCCCUGGUCGAACGGAUUGCCGCCGGCCUCGAUAUCGAGCCCUUGUACCCGGUAGACGGCAGCCAGCGAGUGGCCGAUUCAGCUGCGGCUGGUUCGGCCACUGCCCGGCAGCCUGGCUGGCAGGUAGUUGCCGAGAUCAGCUCGCCGGACCCGGCCGCGGCACGCCGAGCGCUCGAGCAGGCCUUGGAACUCGGAGCCGGACAGCUCUGGCUGCGAAUUGAUCCCGCAGCCACCCACGGCAUUGCUUUGACGACGCCAGCGGCUCUCGACGUGUUGCUCGAAGGUGUCGAUCCCAGAUUCGUCGGUCUGCAGCUCGAGGUUGGCUCCGACGCUCGUGAGUGGGCCGGUGCCUUGAAGGGCUGGGCGCGGCAGAGUACCGGUGCGGCAAAGCUGCGCGGCGGACUCGGCGCCGACCCCCUCGGGAACCUGGCGAGUCGUGGAGGGCCGAUCGGGGGUCUCGACGGGGCGCUCGAUCAGUGGGUCGAGCUGGCCACUAGGGCGCUGGACGAGUCUCCUGAGCUGCGCGCCGGGCUGGUGUCGACAGUGGCCUACCACGAGGCCGGCGGCAGCGCCGUCGAGGAGCUGGCCUACGCCAUCGCCACCGGGACGCUCUAUUUGCGUCGACUGAUCGAUUCGAGGGUCGAUAUCGACGCCGCGGCGACCCAGCUGGUGUUUGCUUUCGCCGUGGGCUCCGACUGCUUUGUCGAGAUCGCCAAGCUGCGCGCCGCACGCUUGUUGUGGGCCAAGGUCUUGGGUGCCGGCGGAGCCAGCUCUGCCGAGAUGCGAAUCCAUGCUCGCACCUCGUUUGCCACCCAAACGGCCCGGCACCCGGCAGGCAACUGGCUUCGAGCCACCGCCCAGGGCUUCGCCGCUGCGUCCGGAGGCGCCGACAGUCUAACGGUCUUGCCCCAUGACACGGUGUUUGGAGAGCCGUCGCGCUCGGGCCGCCGGCUGUCUUUGACCUUGCAGCAUGUGUUGGCCGAGGAGGCUCAUCUUGGCCGGGUCGCCGAUCCGGCGGCUGGCAGCUGGUAUUUGGAAUCUCUGACCGAUCAGCUGGCGCGCUCGGCUUGGCAGCUUUUCCAGCGCAUCGAAAGCGGCGGCGGCAUGGCCAAGUGGCUGCUCAGCGGCAAGGUAGCCGAGCGCCUGGCCGAGCUCGCGACUGCGCGCCGCCGGGCCGUAGCUAGCCGCCGCCAACCGAUCGUUGGUGCCAGCCAGUUCGUCUCCCUCGACGAGGUCGCCACGACCAGGGCGACUGACGAGCCCGGGAUCCGCACCGCCCGGGAGGAGCGGGGGCAGUUCACUGCGCUGGCACCGAUUCGCUGGUCAGGGCCUUUCGAAGCCAUGCGCCAGGCCGGGGAUGACCGACGAGAUAGUGCUGGCGAGCUGCCGCGGGUUUUCCUGGCCAACCUGGGAAGUUUGAAGGAACACAGUGCCC